AUGGCUGGCUCGGCGGCGACUUCCAUUAUCCAGUGCCGGGGAAUAUCAACCUCAGCUGUUGCUCUGGGUAAAAGGAAUUUCAGGAAGUUUAUGGUAUACGGUAAAAGAGGAACUAGGCUCUUCAAAAAGACUUCUUAUCAACAACUAGAUCCAGAAAUUCAGAAGGAAUUUGACAGGGGCGUGAGGCCUAUUGGUGUUACAGUCGGGAAAAAGUUUCAUGUCAUCAAGGAAAUGAUUCCAGAGUUAAUUGUUCCAAAUUUAGAUGGCUUUAAGCUCAAGCCCUACGUUUCCUAUCGAACACCAGAUGUCAUUCAGAGUGAGUUUGGGCCACAAGAUUUAUUCUAUGCAGUUUACAGUGAAAAGAUUGCCGAAGAUUUCAAGAAUGGUAAACUUGAUGAAAAUUGUAAUUCACUUGAGCCAUCAGAUGAAGAGCAACUAACAGCAGAGGAAGCAAGCAAGAAGGCAUUAUCAAUAGGUGCAGAUCUACUUGCCUGAGGUCCCAUUCUUCCAAAUCUAGAGAUGUAAUUGUGACUGGCCAUUAAGAAAUCUCUAGUUUGUCUUUUCACAUUGAAAGGGCAAUGUUUUGAAUACAGUAGCCACCAGGGUACAAUUCUAUAUACAUACCAGUGGUGCAAGCUAAUCUCAGUUCUUUGUAAAUAUUUUCAAUAAAAUCAUGAAGCUCUAA